CUUAAACCCUUUUUUUCCGCCCACUCGCAGCUGCUCGACGCCUCCGACUUCUUUUCCUUCGCGUCGUCUCCUCCUCUCCUUUUUGGCAGCUCAGUGUGGCCGCCUCCCUCUGUUUGAGCGCCGCCGCUUCUCUCUGUUUGAGUGCCGCCGCAGACUCUCUCCUUGGCUUUGUGCUGGUUUUGUACUCUCUUUCAGCUGAUUAACCAAUACAUUCGCCAAUGAUACUUUGAAUUUAUUGGAAAUAAGAGCCCUUUCAACUAUUACCGAAUUUGCAUUGUGAAGAUGGCGCCGCCUUCAAAAAAACCAGUGGAUGGCGCAAAGUUCAACAAGAAACCAGUGGAUGGCGUAAAGUUCAACAAGCAUUCCAAGAUGUCAUUCAAGUCGAAGAAAAAAACGAGUGAUGUAGCUAAAACCGAAGCCUUGUCGUUGCAGAUUGAAGAUGAUGUUCCUGACUUUCCUAGAGGCGGAAGAGGUUCUUCAGGCCAACAAAAUCGUGAUAAAGAACGUCCUCAAGGAGAUAAGGAGUUUCAGAAUGAUUAUCCGAAGAUGACAACAAAAAGAGGAAAGAUGAGAAGAAAGCAUUCCUCAAAUGAGGAUGAUUUGGACUCUCUGUUGAACAGUGGUGUAGUGGGAAACCUUCCUAAAUAUGCCAAUAAGAUAACUUUGAAGAAUAUAAGUCCAAGAAUGAAAUUUUGGGGAGUUGUUGCUGAAGUAAAUAAGAAGGAUCUUGUAAUUAAUCUACCUGGGGGCUUACGUGGAUUAGUGUCUGCUGCUGAUGCUUUUGAUCCAAUUUUGGAAAAAGAAAUGGAGGAUCCAGAGCAUAGUUUACUUCCUGUCAUGUUCCAUGUUGGGCAACUGGUUCCAUGUGUUGUGCUGCAAGUAGAUGAUGACAAGAAAGAAUCAGGGAAGAGAAAGAUCUGGCUUUCAUUACGUUUAUCUAUAUUGUACAAAGACUUCUCAUUGGACCUUCUUCAAGAAGGAAUGGUUCUGACAUCAUAUGUGAAAAGCAUUGAAGAUCAUGGCUACAUUCUUCAUUUUGGUUUGACUUCCUUCACCGGGUUUUUGCCAAAAACCAAACUCUCUGAUCAACCUGGGAAUGAAUUGCAUGUUGGUCAAAUUCUUCAGUGUGUUGUUAGAAGCAUUGACAAAACUCGUAAAGUAGUUUAUUUGAGUUCUGAUCAAGAUACUGUGUCCAGCAGUGUGGCGAAGGAUCUAAAAGGUAUUUCAAUUGACCUUCUCAUCCCUGGCAUGAUGGUUAGCGCACGUGUACAAUCGACCCUUGAAAAUGGGUUAUUGCUAUCCUUUCUGACUUAUUUUAAUGGAACUGUCGAUAUGUUUCAUUUGCAAAACAGUUUUCAUUCUUCAAAUUGGAAAGCUCAUUACAACCAGAACAUGAAGGUCAAUGCUCGGAUAUUAUUUAUUGAUCCUUCAACUAGAGCUGUGGGAUUGACCCUGAUUCCUCAUCUCGUUCAGAACAAGGCUGCACCUCCACAUGUGAGAAUUGGUGAUAUAUAUGAUUCUGCAAAAGUCGUUAGGGUCGAUAGGGGAUCGGGCCUGCUUCUUGAAGUAACCUCUUCUCCGGAGUCAACACCAACAUUUGUUAGUGUAUCUGAUAUGGCUGAAGAUGCUGUGAAAAAGACUGGAAAGAAGUUUAAAGAGGGGAGUCAUGUUCGUGUUCGUAUUCUUGGCUUCAGACAUUUGGAAGGACUUGCCAUUGGGACUUUGAAGGCCAGUGCCUUUGAAGGUCCAGUGUUUUCCUACUCAGAUGUGAAGCCUGGGACGUUGAUACGCGCUAAAGUUAUAGUUGUUGAUAAUUUUGGGGCUAUCGUGCAAUUUCCUGGUGGUCUAAAGGCUCUGUGUCCUCUCAGUCAUAUGUCUGAAUUUGAAAUUGCCAAACCUAGAAAAAAAUUCAAGGUUGGAGCUGAAUUAAUUUUCCGUGUGCUCGGUUGCAAGUCAAAGAGAAUAACUGUUACACACAAGAAGGCACUUGUAAAGUCAAAGUUGGAGGUUCUUAGUUCAUAUGCUGAUGCUACUGCAGGAUUAGUGACUCAUGGCUGGAUAACGAAGAUUGAAAAACAUGGUUGCUUUGUCAAGUUUUACAAUGGUGUUCAAGGUUUCGCUCCUAGAUUUGAACUCGGAAUAGAACCUGGUUCUGAUCCAAGUUCAACAUAUCAUAUCGGGCAAGUCAUCAAAUGCAGAAUCACAAGCUCUACUCCUUCCUCCAAACGUAUUAGCCUUAGUUUUGUAAUGAAACCUGCAAGGGUUUCUGAAGAUGCAAAGGUUGAGUUGGGCUGUAUUGUUUCGGGUGUGGUGGAUGAAAUAACUGAGACCCAUGUAACAUUGUAUAUUAAUAGAUCCAGUUACUCAAGGGGAAGGAUAUCCGUUGAGCAUUUGUCAGAUCAUCAGGGGCAUGCUGCUUUGAUGAAGUCUGUGUUGAAGCCUGGAUAUCAAUUUGAUCAACUCCUUGUACUAGAUAUUGAGAACGAAAGUUUAGUUCUCUCUGCAAAACAAUCUCUGAUCAAUUUGGCUCAUCAGCUUCCAACUGACCCAAGUCAAGUAAAUCAAUAUUCUGUUAUCCAUGGAUUCAUUUGUAACAUAAUAGAAACAGGUUGUUUUGUUCGUUUUCUAGGACGUGUAACUGGCUUUUCUCCACGAAAUAAGGCUUCAGAAGAUCAAAGACUGAACCUGCAUGAAGCAUUUUACAUUGGGCAAUCUGUUCGGAGUAAUGUAGUUGAUGUCAGUGGUGAAACAGGUAGAAUUACACUUUCUUUGAAGCAGUCGGCUUGCUUUUCAACAGAUGCUUCCUUUAUACAGGAAUACUUUUCAACAGAAGAGAAGAUUGCAAAGCUUCAAUCAUCGGAUGAAUCAAACUGGGCAGAAGAAUUUGGAAUUGGUAGUGUGGUUGAGGGAAAAGUUCAGGAGGUCAAGGAUAUUGGAGUUAUUGUCAGCUUUGAGAAGUAUCAUGAUGUUUUUGGUUUUAUUGCACUCCAUGGAUUGAGUGGGCUAAAAGUGGAAGCUGGUUCCACUAUUCAGGCUGGAGUUCUUGAUGUUUCCAAAACUGAUCGGCUUGUUGAUUUAUCCUUGAAACCUGAAUUAGUUGAUAAAUGCAAGGGAAAAAGUUCUAGCAGGUCAACUACUAGGAAGAAACGAAAGGCAGAAGCAUGGAAGGAGUUGGAGAUUAAUCAGACAGUGCACACUGUGGUGGAAGCUGUGAAAGAGAACUAUCUGGUUCUUUCACUGCCCGAGUGUGGCUACACUAUUGGUUAUGCAUCAACAUAUGACUACAAUACCCAAAGGCUUCCUCAGAAGCAAUUUGCAAUCGGACAAAGGGUUGCUGCCUCUGUUGUGGCUCUCCCAUGUCCUUCAACAUUUGGAAGGCUGCUACUGCUUCUAAAGUCAAUUAGUGAGCCCAUUGUUACACCUGGUUCAAAACGAUCAAAAAAGAACACAUCAUGUGAAGUGGGAUCUCUGGUUCAUGCUGAGAUCACUGAUAUCCAGCCCCUUGAAAUGAGAUUAAAAUUUGGAGUCGGAUUACGUGGGCGAGUUCAUAUAACAGAGGUUAGUAACGAGCGUGAUGAAACUACAGAAACUCCUUUCAGUAACUUUAGGAUUGGGCAAACCAUAGUUGCAAGGAUUGUUGCAGAAGCUAAUCAUUCAGCGAACAAAAAGAAGGGCUACCUGUGGGAGUUGUCCGUAAAACCUGAAGUUCUUAAAGAUUUUGGCGCUAUGGAUGGUCAGAUUACAAAUGAUGAUUUGGGUUUUUCGAUUGGACAACAAGUCACUGCUUAUGUAAGCAAUGUAAGUGGUGAAUGGGCCUGGUUAGCUGUUAAUCGGCAAACAAGUGCCCAACUAUUUAUUCUUGAUAGUUCUUGUGAGCCUAGUGAGCUUCAAGAGUUUUCCAAGCGUUUCUACGUUGGAAGGGCUGUUUCUGGAUACGUAUCUAACAUUAAUGGAGAGAAAAAAAUCUUACGGUUGGUUUUGCAUCCUUUAUCUACUACCUCAACUGGAAUUAGUGAUCAAGAAAAUUUGAAGAUUAGUAAUUUGCAGUCCGACGUUCCUAGUAAGAAAGACUUGUGUCAUUUCAAUGAAGGGGACAUUGUUGGGGGAAGAAUAUCAAAAAUACUUCCUGGUGUUAGUGGACUGCUUGUGCAAAUUGGUCCCAAUUUGUUUGGCAGGGUUCAUUAUACAGAACUUACAGACAGUUUGGUGCCUGAUCCGUUGUCUGGAUAUAAUGAAGGACAAUUUGUCAAGUGCAAGGUUAUAGAAAUUAACCACUCAGUUAAAGGUACAGUACACAUUGAUUUGUCUCUGCGGUCUUCGGCAGGCAUCAUUUGCCAGGACAAUGGAGAACACAGCAACCAUGAACAAACUGCUUCCAGACGAGUGGAGAAGAUACAAGAUCUUUGUCCUCAUAUGGAGGUUCAGGGUUAUGUGAAAAAUGUAUCUCCGAAAGGAUGCUUCAUUUUGCUCUCUCGAGGCUUGGAGGCAAAAAUUCUCUUAUCUAAUCUAUCCGAUGGAUAUGUUAAGGAUCCUGAAAAGGAGUUUCCCGUCGGGAAAAUUGUUCGUGGAAGAAUAUUAUCCUUGGAGCCUUUAUCCAAGCGAGUGGAAGUUACCCUGAAGUCUGUGACUGCAAAUGGUGCAUUGAAAGCAAACAGUCAUGAUUUAAAAAGUUUUUCUGCUGGAGAUAUUGUAUCUGGAAGGAUUAAGCGGGUGGAGUCAUUUGGUCUGUUUAUCAUCAUCGAUAAUACGGAUGUGGUUGGGUUGUGUCAUGUGUCAGAAGUUUCGGACGACCCUAUUGAAAACCUUGAAUUUAGCUACCAUGCUGGGGACACGGUGAGAGCAAAAGUAUUAAAGGUGGAUGAAAAAAGACAACGAAUUGCUCUGGGAAUGAAGAGGUCAUACAUUGGAGAAGGCAAUGAGCUUUGUACGAACCUGGAAGAAACUCAUGAAGAUGCUACUGAUGAUGACAAUUUAACCAAGUUCGAGAAUAUGGAUGAUGAAUUUGACAAUAUUGAACCUGAACGACCACUUAGGCUAGCAGAAUCAAGGGCUUUUGUCCCUCCACUUGAGGUCACUCUUGAUGAUAUAGACGCAACUGACAUGGAUAACUUACAGUCCGAAAAUAAAGAGCUGAUCAGUGGUACAGUCUCUAAGGAGAAAAAUGAUAGACGAGAGAAGAAAAAGGCCAAAGAAGAAAGGGAAAAGGAGGUGAGGGAUGCAGAGGAAAGAUUAUUGCAGAACAAUAUGCCAACUACUCCUGAUGAAUUUGAAAAAUUGGUUAGAAGCUCUCCUAAUAGCAGUUUUGUUUGGAUAAAGUAUAUGGCAUUCAUGCUCUCUUUGGCUGAUGUAGAGAAAGCCCGCUCAAUAGCUGAGAGGGCUUUGAGGACAAUCAAUAUUCGGGAAGAGAACGAGAAGCUCAAUGUGUGGUUGGCUUACUUUAAUCUUGAAAGUGAAUAUGGAAAUCCUCCAGAGGAUGCUGUUGCUAAAAUUUUUCAACGAGCGUUGCAGUGUAAUGAUCCUAAGAAGGUUCAUUUAGCUUUGCUGGGAAUGUAUGAGAGGACCGAGCAACAUAAGUUGGCUGAUGAGCUCCUCGACAAAAUGAUCAAGAGGUUCAAGCAUUCCUGCAAGGUUUGGUUGAAGCGGAUGCAAAGUUUAUUAAAGAAUGGACAAGAUGAUGUUCAAUCAGUCGUAAACCGUGCCCUACUAAGCCUUCCACGGCGUAAGCACAUUAAGUUUAUCUCACAAACAGCUAUCCUUGAAUUCAAGUGUGGUGUGGCAGAUCGAGGUCGGUCGAUGUUUGAAGGAAUUCUUCGAGAGUAUCCAAAGAGAACAGACUUGUGGAGCGUCUAUCUUGAUCAAGAAAUUCGACUCGGUGAUGCAGACAUGAUUCGUGCUCUGUUCGAGAGGGCAAUUAGUUUAUCUCUUGCUCCCAAGAAGAUGAAGUUCUUAUUUAAAAAGUAUUUGGAAUACGAAAAGUCUGUUGGUGAUGAAGAACGAAUCGAAUCGGUGAAGCAAAAGGCAUUGGAAUACGUCGAGAGUACACUGGCCUAAUGAGUAACAGCUAUCUGGAGUUGAUACUGAUCAAGUAAAUCAGUUCUCUUCAAGCAUGAUGAAUUCCACCAGCUGCACGGAAGGUAAAUUGCAAAAGCAUAGCAUCCAAGAACUGUACGGGCUAACUAGCGUCGUUUUUUAACUACGAACUCGACCACCCCCACAUUUUUGUUAGCUGUGAAGUGAAGGGGUUUGUAUAAGUUAAAUUUCCAGAGAGUUGUUAGUGUUAGUAAUCAGAGCAAGUAAGACUGUAUUCUCCCCAUUCCAAUUUUGUAUCAUAUUCAGUUUCUUUUUGUAUCAGAUUGUCUCAUAUAUUCUAAAUUGGUAUGAUUUAUAAGCCUGAAAGCCCUAUAGCAAUUUGUUUAUUCAACUUUUUA